CUCUCUUGCUCACACACACACACAGAGAGACUGCAUGCAGUGUGUUGCUGGACAGUUGUGAGCAUAUGAAAGUGUGUGUGUGUGUUUGAUGUCUCGGUUUAAGAGAGGAGCUGUAGCAGAUCCUCGGGCUGGGUUCCGACAGAACACACCGGAAUGUCCGGUACCGUCAGGACUGCUGAAGGGCGCCAGAAAGAGCGGACAACUCAAUCUGUCCGGGCGCGCGCUCAGCGAAGUUCCCCAGAGUGUGUGGAGGAUAAAUGUGGACCCUCCAGAAGAAGCUCGACAGAAUCUAUCAUUCAGUGCAACAGAGCGAUGGUGGGAGCAGACUGAUCUCACCAAACUUCUGCUGUCCUCUAACAAACUCCAGACAAUUUCUGAAGACAUCAGACUCCUGCCUGCACUAGUGGUUUUAGAUAUUCAUGACAAUCAGCUCACCUCACUGCCAGCAUCUAUCGGGGAGCUGGAGCAGUUACAGAAACUCAUCCUGAGUCAUAAUAAGUUGACAGAGCUGCCCACGGAGCUGUGGAGGCUGACAAACCUGCGAUGUCUCCACCUGCAGCAGAAUCUGCUUGAACUGCUGCCUGCAGACUUGGGCCAGUUGUGCCACUUGGAGGAUCUUGAUGUGUCUAACAACAAAUUAAUGGCUAUACCGGACAGCCUGGCAGACCUGAGCAACCUCGUAAAACUAAAUCUGUCCUUCAACAAUCUGAAGAGCCUGCCACCUGCGAUCAGCGAAAUGAAGAACUUGAGAAUGCUGGACUGUUCUCGGAAUCGGUUGGAGAGCGUGCCGCCUGUCUUGGCACAGAUGGCGUCUCUCGAGCAGCUGUACUUGAGGCACAACAAACUGCGUUUCCUGCCAGAGCUGCCCUCCUGCAAAACACUCAAGGAGCUCCACUGCGGGAACAAUCAGAUUGAGGUACUGGCGGCAGAUCAUCUAAAACACCUGAACUCUCUGAGUGUUUUGGAGCUGAGAGAUAACAAGGUGAAGAGUCUUCCCGAGGAAAUAACUAUCCUGCAAGGCCUGGAGCGCUUGGAUCUUACAAACAAUGACCUUAACAGUGUGCCCUGUGGUCUUGGAACGUUGCCUAAGUUAAAGUCUUUGUCUCUGGAGGGAAAUCCACUGAGGACAAUCCGCAGAGAUCUUCUAAAUAAAGGCACCAGUGAACUCCUGAAAUAUCUGAGAAGUCGAAUACAAGAGCAGCCUGAUGGGAAAGCCAAAGAGGAGACGAGCACAGCGAUGACUCUUCCUAGCCAGGCCAAGAUUAACGUGCAUGCCAUCAAAACACUGAAGACAUUAGACUACAGUGAAAAACAAGAGGCAUCUAUACCUGAUGAGGUGUUUGAUGCAGUCAAUAACAGUCCAGUUGUCAACGUGAACUUUAGCAAAAACCAGCUGACUGCUGUUCCACCCAGAAUGGUUGAGCUGAGAGACUCUCUAGCAGAUAUCAGUCUCGGAUUUAAUAAGCUUUCCACGAUUCCUCUUGAAUUUUCCCAACUACAGCAACUUGUACACAUAGACCUCAGGAAUAAUCUGUUGACAUCCCUGCCAGUGGAGCUGGAAGCUCUCACCAAGCUGCAGGGCAUCAUACUAUCAUUUAAUAGAUUUAAGCAUUUCCCUGAUGUGUUGUACCGCAUCCUAACCCUGGAGACCAUUUUAAUAAGCAACAAUCAAAUUGGAGCCAUCGACCCCGUGCGGCUUAAGCUGCUAAACAGAUUGUCCACUCUGGAUCUGCAGAACAAUGACAUCAUGCAAGUGCCACCAGAACUGGGUAACUGCACCAGCCUGAGGGCGCUGAUGCUCGAUGGAAAUCCUUUCCGGAACCCUAGAGCUGCGAUCGUAGCUAAAGGAACUGACGCGAUUCUCGAGUAUCUUCGGAGUCGCAUUCCUACAUGAGUUUACUGUCUUGCAUGGCUGAGCUACCACCACUGCCAUACAAUUAAAGCACUAUCUGACUCAUACUGAAGACAAGACACAACAGAUCUCUGUCAUAAAACUGUUUUUCUAAGAAUUUGCUAUGAAAUGUUUUUGUUUCCCAAAAUUUUCAUCGCCUCAUAGUUCCAAAGAUAUUUGUUUGAAAGUUUACAUUACACUUUAUUCGGUCUUUUAUCACCAUCUUGUUCUUGCUGACCAUCUUUAUAAUAAACAGCACUGCAAUUA